UGUCAAAUAUAAUAAUAAUGAGCAAAUAUAUCAUUCUUAUUUCGGCUAGUGUUUCAUCGAUUUAUGGUGGCUUUAUAUAUCUGAUGGGUGGUAAUAAAAGUACGACGACGACACCGGAUUUAUCACCCUCAGAUGAAUAUAUUGAUUUGCCGGAAAUUUUUAGCCAAUUCAAUAAUGAUUAUGAUGGUGGCUGUGAUCAAAAAUCCUAUGAUAAUAAUGUGGAUUUCAAUAAAACCAUGGAAAAUUGGUUUCCUAAAUUGGAAUUUUUAUUAAAAGUUAAAAAUGAAAUUGAUUGUUUAAAAUUAGCACAAACAAUGAAUUUUGAACAAUCAAUAACAGCAGCAAGAAAUAUUGAUGAAAAAAUUGAUCUGAAACAAUUUCGUCAGCCAAUUUCAGUCGACAAAAUUCUUUUAAAAAUCAAUAAUGGUGAUGAUGGUGAUGACAAAAUUCAACAUUUCGAAACAUUAAAUGAUCUAAUGAUACAUUUAUUAC